CUUGAGAAUGAGGCACGCUAGACACAAUUUGAAGACGCGCUAUGUGAUGAGUGGAGGAGGCAACGUCUCUGUGUAUCCUUGUUUGGCUGCCACCACUUUGUGUCUGGGAAAUUUCUACUUCUCUGGGAGUGGAUCCUCAUCCCAGGGUCAGGGUAGAACAAAGUUGAAUUGCCAAGAAAUCCUUCCACUGGACUGUCGAGGAAAGAAAGACAAUGUUCCUGGGGAAGCUGAGCGAGUAAAACGGCUGAAAGAUGUGAUGCAUGCUUCGAAACGAACGGUUCAAUAAAUUUGCAAAGAGCCUAAGGCCAGAUGACUGGGAAAGCCGAAUCAAAGUCAUUCUCCCUUUGAUUGAAAAGCACGCAAAGCAGAUAUGGCCAAAUUGCAGCGUUGGCUUGCAUGGCUCAGUUUUGCGAGAGGUGCACAAUGAGUAUGGUUCUGACAUCGACAUUGCAAUCCAUACCAAUUCCUCUUGUUCCGAGCGGGAAUUCUUGGAUCUCUGUCACUGGCUCACAAUAGAGGAAGAUUUCGUGCCUCUCAGCGACUCAAGCGAAGUUGGAAAAGCUGCGAAGUUCCUUUCUCAUGGGCUCAAGGUAGACGUAGCAAUUCAGGAACGCUUUGGGGACGCUUCCCUUUAUGACUCAAAGUUUAUCGAACAACUCAGACAAUUGUAUAAAAGUCACCUUCAAGAAGCAGCUCGGGUGGCCAAGUUCGCAUUUCCAGAGUUGAAAGGAUUGGAUGUGGAAUUCCUUGUGUGCUGUUUGGCGGAGCGGAGGUUAAAGUUGGGGCAGACAGUUGUGCAAUCUUCUGAUUUUUUCUUGGAAAUAUGCUUAGAACUCCGCAACUUCCCCCUGAUGCCGUCUACAUCGCCCUUGCAGCAUCUACUCAAGAAUGUUCGGGCUCAACGUGGACCAGCUGCCCAGAAAGACUUGCGGGGACUGGCCAAAAUGGAUCGAAAGAUCCGCGCCCAAGGAAAUCGAUCGAAAGUGCGAAUGGAGCAAUUCAUCGGACAUGGAUGCUUGGAGAAGAUUGCCACCCAAAUGCAUGCAGAAGCGAUGUUGACGAUUUCUCGAGUUUGGCAUCCUGAAGUGGAUGGGGGACAGGCGCUUUCCCGCUUUCCGGCCAUGGCUUUCACCAUGGCUUUCCCCCGCAUUGCCACGGCAGUCUUUCGACGAGGCUAUGCAGCUGAGCCGGUGCUGUCCCAGCUGUCCCGAGUGGUCUCAGCACAGGGCACUGGUGCCUUGGAGCAGCUCCAUGCCUCUCACCCCGAUGCCGCGGAGCAGCGCCGGGACUUGCUGAGACGCCUGGGGGCGGAAGCGGAGAAGGACGACAGCAAGAAAGCGGAAGCCAUCAGAGAAGCGCUGGAUGCGUUGGAAGAUGAGCAUUCCCUGGUUCGCCUUGCAGGUAUCCACGCCUUGGCCCGUGUGGCCUCCAUGGGAUCCUGGCAAACUGUGGCAGCGAUGGCCACUGAUCCUGAUGAGUUGGUGCGGGUGGCUGCGGUGCGAGCGAUGGGACGCAUGGCGGAACCAGGUGAUGCAGAAGCUUUGGAAUUUCUAGAGAAAGCUGAGAAAGAAGCGAAGGAUCGUUCCGUGCGCGGUGCAGCGCGCGACGCGGCCGCGCGGCUGCGGGGGCACUUUGGCGCGCUGCCGGGGGGUGGCCAAGCAACGAUGCUGGAGUGAUGUGGAAAGCAG